CAUUAUCCAUACUCGUUGCCUCUGCCACUACCACCAUAUCCGAACUCUCUCCGAAGGAAAAUGGCAACCGCAGCUGCUCUCUCCGGCACCAUGGUCAGCACCUCCUUCGUCCGCCGGCAGCCGGUGGCAAGCCUCCGGUCACUUCCCAGUGUCGGGCAGGCUCUUUUCGGCGUAAAAGGCGGCCGUGGAGGGCGGAUAACCGCCAUGGCCGUCCACAAGGUCACGCUCAUUACACCUGAAGGGAAGCAAGAGUUUGAGUGCCCAGAUGACGUGUACAUCCUGGACCAGGCGGAGGAGUUCGGGAUCGAUCUGCCUUACUCUUGCCGGGCGGGGUCUUGCUCUUCCUGCGCCGGGAAAGUUGUGCAAGGGAGCGUGGAUCAGGAUGACGGGAGCUUCCUUGACGACGAGCAGCUUGAAGGCGGGUGGGUUCUCACUUGUGUUGCUUAUCCCAAGUCGAAUAUUGUGAUCGAAACCCACAAGGAGGAGGAGCUCACCGCUUGAGAAAAUUUGAUUUCGUAUUCCACUACUACUCAACCAUGUAGUUGCUCUCUCUCCCUCUGUCACUGCUAGCUACUUCAUAAUCCUCGUUUAUGUACGUUUUAGAUUAAUGAGUGCUUUUCUUUUUGUUUGCUUUCAUUUGCAGUCACAAAUGAAAUGUUGUAGCUUCAUUAAUAAUUCUCUUCCAUGCCUUUUGCUCA